CUGCUCUGUCUGCUGAGGUGACAGACUGUCAUCUGCAGUUUUAGUUGUUACAGCUAGAUGGUGGUAGAUUUAACAGAGCAGUAGCUCGUUUUCUAUUAUUUUACUAUAACUUAAGGGAAUACGUUUUAUGUUUACAACAAAUAAUGCUUUGCUUGAUUUUGUUCAAAUGUGUUAUUUGUCAAAAAUGUAGACAUUUCCUAUACUGUGCAAAAAGUAAGGCUUAAUUCUAAUACCAUAUUGAGAGUUUCACGAACCAUAACCUUUAGGCCACUCAGUAUAUUUUAGGCCACUCAGUAUAUUUAAGCAAUGAGAAACCAUGACUAAAGACAUUAGUCAAAGUAUGGACAAAGACUGAGGCCCAAAUUCUGCUGCUGUAGUGUCGUGCCAUUCUCUACUGGUAUGAUGAAAUAGUUAUUGUUUGGCGAGUCUGACGUUUUUUUGUAUUUUUUUUGUAGACGUUUCAGAUCUUUGAUGGUGAAUGACAGACAGUGGUUUUUGUCUUAGUUCCAGUGGUCAGAAAUCAGAACCACACACAUAAUUGUCUUACUUCUGUAUGCCUAAACCAAAGGAUUGGGAAUGGCAAUUUCAAAGAGUCGUGUCGACAUAUGGAGUAUGGAGUCGACGCAGGAGUAAGAAUGAUUUAUGGAUUAUGUGAUUUCACACACCCAAAGAGAGCUCUGUAUUGAAAGCUUUCCAGUGGCACUGGAACACCCCUAAUCAUUGAACCCACCUCAUGUUCAGGUGAGAAGAAAGGUGGAUAGAUGGAGAGAGAGAGAGAUGAGUAUGAAAGUGAGCUAGAGACGAAGGAUAAGCCAGGGAGGAAAUUGCGUGAAGGGGAGAUGGUGGGAGAGCAAGAGGGAUUUGGGGUAUCAGACUAAGAGAGGGAGUAAUAGAGGGAAGAAGGGAACCGGGAGGGAGAGAGCAAAAGACUGACAGGGGAUUUCAAGACUGGAGAGUCAGCAGUGAGUAUGUUUCUGGAAAGAGGAGGGGGGAUAAGUAUUGAGAAAAAGAGGUAGGGAAGGGAGAGAGGUGAGGCUUGGUUUAAUUCAUGUUGUGAUCAGAGCCAAUAGAAAGCCCCCGUCUAUGUCUAGGAGGAAGCAGAAGUGAGAGUCCAAACCCAGCAGGAGACAUACAGAGACGCACAGACCUACAGACACAGAACUAGGAUACACAGACAUAGAAACCCAUUGGCAUGGAAAGAAAGAUUACAGAGAAAGGAGAAAGAGAUAACUACAUGGAUUAUUAGAUAAUAUAUUUGAGAUGGAUAUGAGAUAGACAUGGAUUAUUAAUAAACUCAAAAAUACAGACUCAGUGGAGAGAAACAGGACCACAGACCUUGGGACACUCAACUGACAAUCCACCUCAGCAACCACUGCUGUUCCCAUGGAAACCAACACCAGGAUUCACUCUCCAGGACUGGUAAGGGUGGACAGCUACCCCUAACGGAGACAGGAUCACCCCACUGUCCCAGGACACUGGCAAGAGAAUGUUUUGGAGAAUCACUCUUCCAGUCCUACUGGCUGGGGUACUCUGCGUAGCCACAGAUACAAGGAAGCCCCGCCCCCAAGGCUCCAUCCCUUCACCUUUCAAGACCAAAGGCAACCUGUCAGAUCGUCAGCGCCUGUUGCCGCGGAAACCCGAAGUCCUUUCGUCAAGUCGGGAGGCCCUGGUGGUCACCGAGCGCCGGUACCUCCGACGUGACUGGUGCAAGACGCAACCCCUCCGCCAGACGGUGAGCGAGGAGGGCUGCCGAAGUCGUACGGUGGUCAACCGCUUCUGCUACGGCCAGUGUAACUCCUUCUACAUCCCCCACCUCAUGGGCCCCAGCUCAAAUAGAGGCCCAGGGUCCAGCCGGAAAAACCACAACAAGGUCCAGGAGCCCUUCCAGUCCUGUUCCUUCUGCAGGCCACACCGUUUUACCCAGCUCACUGUUCAGCUGGAAUGUCCGGGCCUCCAACCUACCUUUCGCCAUCGCAAGGUACAGCGUGUCAAACAGUGUCGCUGUAUGUCGGUGGACGUGACUGGUAACGGAAAACUGUGAGGAGUUCUUUGGAACCAUACCAUGACAGUCACCAUGGAUACUAAUGUGACAGUGAAAGUGAACAAUAACAUGAACAUGAAUAGCGUAGAUAUGACAGGGGACAUGCUAGUACUUCUCCCUUAUAUUGGAUUAUUCUGCAUAAUCACUUUGAUUGGUCACAUAAAAUGAACCUGACAGGUACUGAUAGAACAGAGUGGCCCAGCUAUAAGACCUUUGACUAUAUGGACAGCUAUGGUGAAAACUACAAUGUGCAGACAUAAAUGGAUGGAUGCAUAGCACAACACCAACUGAAGCACAGACAUGUUUCAGUUCAACACAGUCAAUCAUAUGAAACAACUGGGUCCUUCGACUCUCUAUAAGCUCAUACAGGUUGUGAUCAAAUCAAAUCAAUUUUUUUUACCUUACCUAGGGCCAUGGACUGAUGGCCCCUCUCAUCUGGCUGUUGGCUCUAGAAGGAACAUACACAUGAAACCACAAACAAAGCACCAAGUUCUAGACUGAAAGUGGAGCUCUUAAGCUGGCUGUUUCAUGUUUUACUGGGUUUACCUGGGGGAACUCUCCAGCCAAUAAGGCUACGGACUGAGAGAAAGCCCCCUAGCCUGUGAAAUAAUUCAGACAAACAUCAAGCUAACCAGUAAAGAAAUUAUAUUAUUAUAUUUUGUAUAACUGUGGUACUGUAUAAGUAUAUGUCAAAAGAUAAGACACUAUAAAUAUAUACACAAUCUAUUUCAUGUGAAACAUCUGUGUGGUCUGAAUGCAAACAAUGUUGUGGCAUUGAAGAAUAUGGUU